GCCGGGAGGGAGUCUUGAGGGCCUUGAUGGCAUGAACGGACUUCUCGGGCCUCCAUCGAGGACCUGGCCGAGGGUGCUUGUCUAGGCGUGGAUACGAAGAUGGGGCCUGUAUCGUUUCUCCUUGUUUCCUUCGCUCGUCCGCCGGCCAAUUCAUCAACCCCUUCUUUCUCUCUCCAACCAUGCGUCCAACGACUAAACUGAGAAUCCGCGCUGCAGGAGCCCAGGAUGCCGCAUCCGAGGACACGGCCGUGGACAAGGCCCAGAUCAGGCGCGUCCAGGUGCGCAAGGCGCAGGCCCGGCACCGGCAGCGCAAGGCCAACUACGUCAAGCAGCUCGAGAUGGACGUGGCCCGCCUCCGCGAGAUGAUCGAGACCGCCGAGCGAGACAGCCAGCUGCUCCUGAACGAGAACAGGGCCAUUCGGGCCCAGAUCGAGGCGGCCGUGCGCAGCAAGUCGCUGCCCUUGUCGCUGGAUCAGCGAGUGUCACUCUUGAAGGACACGCCCCCGCCCUCCCAGCUGAGCAGCGACACGAGGGUGAGCCUGCAGCCAGAUCUCGACGCCGUCACCGUCACGCUCGGCUUCGACGAGAUGCUGAACGCGGCGCGCUUCUACAUCAGCAGCCCGCCGCCAACAUCACACCCACCUUCCCGUCAGGAAAGCCCGCCAGGUCCUGAUACUGCCGACCUUCCAGACCUGACCCCUUCAGAGACGCAAGCAGCCAUCAACUUCAUCCUCGCGUAAGCUCACCCCCCCUUCCCCUCCCCAACCAUUGGUCCGGCGACAGAGCUAACAACCGCGCAAGCCUCGAGCACAUCUGCCGCGGCCACUU